AUGCUUCACACUCACACACCAAUGCUCAUACAUAGAUUUUGGUUGGUUGCGCGAGGUUGUGUUGCGUGUGCUCUCUCCAGAUAAAGUUAAUUAUUUCUUGUGUGUUGACGUCGUUCGUGUGAGAUUCUAGCAACUUUAUACGUCCAUUACGAUCGUAACGAACGGAAGCCCAUCGUGGUUGUAUUUCAUAAAAUCUUGACGCCCCAACGUACGCCAUUUUAUGACAUUAAUCACUAUUCACAUUCCACACCCGCGAAACAAUUGCUUCAAUUAGAGUCGCUAGUGAAACGCGUAGAAGUUUCGUAGAAGAAUAAAGCUUAUUGUGAAAAAAUGCAUCCAACGCGGGGAUCGGCAAUGAAUAACGUUUCGAUUACAGAUUCUAGUGGUCAGCCUAUGUCUGAUAAAAAGGAUUACUGUGACAGUGCAAAUACUGAUUCCGGGUUUCUUUCCGGGCAUAACCUCAACUCGUCUGAGGAUAUUGUCUCGGAGGAACAACACCGUGCGGUAGAAAAUAAUCAAAAUAUCGCUGGAUCGCAAACCAUUGGUGCAAGUGAAAAACAGCCCAUCGAGACGGAAACCGACCUAGACUCCGGGAUGAUUCCAGACGAGGAGCUAGAGUCCGGCAAUCUGGGCCUGAUGGACAUCUGCGAACGUUUCGACCGUUUGAUGAAGCGCGACUGGAUGAAAACGUUUCAGCAGGAUGAAUUUGGCGAAACUCAACUGCACUUGGCAGUCUACGAAAGGAAUGAAGACCUUAUUUCCAAGCUGGUCGCAAACGUUCCACAGCAGUUUCUGAACAUUCAGAACGAUGCCGCGCAAACGGCACUGCAUUUGGCUGUCCUCACGGAACAGCCAAAGGUGGUGCGUCGAUUGCUGGUCGGUGGUAUCAAUCAAAGCAUCCGGGAUAUGGAUGGUAACACUGCGCUUCAUUUGGCCUGUAGUUUGGGGCGCGCACAAAUUGCCAAAGAACUGCUAACUCCAUCGUCGUGUUCCGAGCUUUCGCAAGGCGUAACAUACACAAAGCUGCCCCAGGAUCUGGAACAGUGGAAUUACGACGAGCAGGACAGCUAUGAAUAUGGAACGAAAAUAGAUGGCCGCAUCCAGUGGGGGCAUCAUGGGGAAGGAAAAUCUGGCAUGUCCGCUCUACACAUCAGCAUUGAAAAGGGCAACGAAGCAUUGGCUAACUUUUUGCUGGAUGAGUGCCCACUCUUGAGCUUAGAGGCUGUUACCUAUGCUGGCAUGACGGCUUAUCAGCUUGCACUUAUCCAAGACAAGCGGAUCUUGAUUGGUGACCUCACAAAACGCGGAGCAGAGCAAAUUUCCCUUCCCGCGAGCGACUCCGAGUCCGACUCUGAAGAUGAAAUGAUCAGUAACUACUACGGAGCGAGUGCGUUCUCGGCAACUUUCUCGGGAUUAUCGGCAAUCAAUGUGUCGUAGAGAGCCCACUGAUGUUUGUCAUCAUUAACCCUAACGGCUGCGCUUUAACAAUCAUACGUACAAAGCUUUUUAGAGCGCGAAUUGAUAAGCACACUUGCACAGAACUUGAACGAAAGCUGUAAUGUAAAAUAAAUGUGACGAUUCUUUCCUUCUAAUAAGUGCCUUAUGUAAAUUGAACAGGAUAGAUACACACCUGCAAAGGCUUGUGAUGGACUUUGCAUAGCUGUAACGAACUAUGAUUUGUUCAUCUGUUAUGAAACAGCAGUAGCGCAAUUAUUGUAAUAUACAGGUCACACAAUAUCGAAUGUAAAACUGCGAGAGACAAAAAAAAACUGUAAACCUUCCUCAUUCAUCCCGUUGGCAGCGGCCCGUUCCUGACCAAAUCGAUAUAAAAAAGUGACACGUGUUUAGGAAUUAUCACCUAAAACCUUCACACACACAUACACAGAGCCAUUUUAAAGCCUUCACCUAAUAAAAACAAAAUCUUACUGACGUAGAGAACAGCAUAGACAUAGACCAGUAUACAUAUAUUAUUUAUAUGGUUUAAAAUUAACUUGUAAGAAAAUAAUGUACAUGCCAUGAUUAAUGUGGAGCAAACGGACGGAAUAAAAACAACGCUAAUCAA